UUGUAAUGCUUAACAGCACUGACAAUUUUUAAAAGAAGAAGAAGCAGCGACUAAUAUCCUUCCUUGGUUUUGGAUUUUUAUGUAUUUUAUUAAUUUUUGACAUUACACAAGCAGUCAGUGCGUUAAAAUCACAUGAAAAUUAAAAAAAAUUGCCGAAAUUAAAAAAAGAGUUACACAAUAAGGCGUGUAGAAGUAUCACACGAUCUGGUUUAAUUAUAACUAAUCAAGCUUUUCCGGGUUUUCGUACAUCAUACUGUGGUGGUGGUGCGCUGCUGCUUGCUUUGUAACAAAUGGCGGAAAACGGUAUGCGUGUGGAGUCUAGUGAUAGUGGGGGUGUUAGUGUAAAUGGUCAUCUGCACGACAAUGCCGUUGACCAUGGGAGCGUGGAGAAGUCAUCGCCGCGUUUAAGUGAAGCUGCCCAGAAGUAUAUGCAAGAGUUGUUGGUGGAACGUUCCAAAUUGGAAAACACUUUUCCAUUGGCUGUGAAACUAAUCGAUGAAGCUCUGGAGAGGGUUCAAUUGAAUGGCCGCAUUCCGGCUAGAGAACAAUAUGCUGAUGUCUACCAACAACGUACCAUAAAAUUAACCCAAAAGGUUCAUGUGCCUAUAAAAAAUAAAAAGUUUAACUAUGUUGGCAAGUUAUUGGGUCCCAAGGGUAAUUCAUUACGUCGCCUGCAAGAGGAGACCCAAUGUAAAAUAGUUAUACUGGGUCGCUUUUCCAUGAAGGAUCGUGCCCGCGAAGAGGAAUUACGCAACUCGGCUGAUUUUAAAUAUGCCCACCUGAAUUUACCACUGCAUGUCGAAGUUUCUACUGUAGCUCCACCGGCUGAAGCAUAUGCGCGUAUGGCAUAUGCUUUGGCAGAACUAAGACGUUACCUGAUACCCGACAAACACGACGAGAUACGCCAAGAACAAUUUCGAGAACUGAUGGAAGAUCCUGAAGCAGCUAAAAAGAUAACAAUGCGCCAGCAAAGGCAACAGCAACAGCAGCAGCAUCAGCAACAGAGUGGUCCCAAUGGUGGCGGCAAUGGUAUGGGACCUCACGGCGGAGGAGGAGGCGGAAAUGGUGGCGGCGUUGCAGGCAAUGGCGGCGGUGGUGGCGGCCCUAACAACAAUGGUCGUUCCAAAUAUCAACAGCCAUCUCAACGCUAUCAUCACAAUGAUGAGACUGCUUACUAUAGGCCCCAUAACUCUUACCAUCAAGUGAAACCUUAUGUGCCAGGUAAUCAACGUAUGCAUUCAGCCAUGCCGCCUACUGCUACUAUUGUGGGCGCCUCUCCUACCGGUAUGCCCGUUGUAAAUGCUGCCAACUACAGUGGGCGUGGCCAUGGUAUGAGUCCAGCCGCAGCGGUGGGCAUCAAUCCCAAUAUAAGAUAUCGAACAUCCCAAAUGCCGCCAUAUCAACAAUACGCCAAGAAAUAAUACUGCUGAAAGUCCUCCCCCCCACAACCAAUGGUGUUGUAUGUUUGUGUGUGUUUUUGUUUAACAGAUCUACUACUACUACUACUACAUGUGUUGAAAAGUGUUUUGUUUUAUUAUUAUGUUUUUAAUCGCUUAGGUUUUCUUGUCCUUUUUAUUAUUGUUGAUUUUAUUUUUAGUUUUUUUUUAAUGUAUUUUAUUCAAAACAUGACCAUUUAAGUUGGCUUUUAAUAUUUUUUUCUAAUAUUAUUUUAUAAUUUGGUAUACAAACAUACUUCUUUUGUCCUCUAUAUAUUAUGUAUAAUUUUUUUUUAAUUUUUGUUAUACUACGAGAGCGAAGAUUUACCGAGAGAGAGAGAGAGAGAGAGAGAAAGAGUUACUUGUGUACAUUGUACAUUGAAUGUGUGUACAUAAAACAACAAAUGUUAGUAAUACUUUAAAGUAGAAAUCACAUGCAUUAUAAACGCAAAACAUAACCACACCAACAACAGAAGGUGGCAACAACAACAACAACCUAGAGAUCACACAUUACAACACUAACUCCAUAAAACAUACAUGCAUACAUACAUACUACUAUCAGCAUACUACAACACUUUAUAAAGGUAUAAGUAUACAUAUAUAUAUUUAUAUACAUAAUAUGUAUACAUACAAACAUACAUACAUACAUAGAUAUUUUUAGAGACCACAUUGGCCAUGCAGUUCUGUUCAUAUUUUUUUCUCUUUAGAAUAAAACUGCAUGGCUAUUUUGUUUAUUGUUUUUAAUUUUUAAUUUUUUUUUAUUAAUUAUUAUGAUUUUUUUUCUCUUCUCAUCGUUUGUAAUGACAUUCGUUUUAGACGUAUAUACAUCCAUAUAUAUAUAUAACAUAUAUAUGCAACAUAAUAAUUUUUAUGUACGUAUAUUGCACACAUGUGUAUGUGUGUGUAUGUACGUGCGUUUAUUCAUGUGUGUUGUCUGUUUCAUUUUCUUUUUUAUUUAAAAUAAGUAAGAAAUGAAAUGUAAUAAUUAUUUUGAAUAAUUUAAGCGUUGAUGAUGGUUAAAACCAAAAAAAAAACAUAAACAUAAACAAAAACAAAAACGAAAAACACAGUUUAAAAACAAAUCAACCGAAAAGGCGUCAACUGUAUCCUUUCUAGGGUUUGUAUUUUUCUUUUUGAAAUUUUCGAAAAAAAACUGCAGUUACCACAUACCUUGUUUUGAAACAUAACAAAUAUGGAAAAAAAACACUGAUAAACUACGAGUGUAUAAACAUAAUAAUUAUAAUAAAAAAUAUACAAAAAUAUAUUUUCCAAACAUUGUAGUUAAAAAAUAAUAAAAAUCCUCAAAAUAUUCAUGUUGUAUUAAGGAAA